AUGGCAUUGUAUCCUGGAGACGAACUGUCAACCCGUCACAUAAUGCGCCAGAAGAUGUGUUCGCGGCUUGUGAUAUCGCUGGCCGGCCUGCUCAUAUUCAUUUUCCCUGUCAUCAUCUUCUCACGCCGUUCAGUCGUCCCCAGCAGCCUUUUGAACAUUGGGCCCUUGGGCCAGGGUGUCCUUGACGACUUCGAAAAAAUUCUCGUCAUCUCGCUACCAGAGCGAUCCGACAAGCGCGAUGUAUGGGCUCUGGCUGCAGCGCAGUGUGAUCUGUCUAUUUCUUGGGUUGAUGGCGUGAAAGGGGAGGAUAUCCCGAUCAAAGCCAUUCCGGCGGGAUGGAACAUGCGCGAGUCCAACUCUACACUCGGUUGUUAUCGGGGCCAUCUGAAUGCAUUCCAAAGGAUUAUAUCAGAGGGACUGUCCAGCGCCCUGAUUUUUGAGGACGACGCAGAGUGGGACAUCAACAUCAAAUCGCAACUGGUGGAAUUUGCUCGGGGACUUCACUACCUCCAGGGGGUGGAGAAGCCUGAAGCCUUGCACUCACCCUACGGCGACGACUGGGACGUCCUCUGGAUCGGGUACUGCGGCGCCAAAAGCCGUUCUGGCGACCAUAGUUAUUGGAUCACGCACAACGACCCAACUGUGGUGCCAGAGUCACUUCGAACCGAGACUCGGAAGGAAGGCAACCGCUACCUGGACGACUCUGCAGAACCGCUCCAGGGAACCUUCACGCGGGUGGUCACCGAGCCGUACAACGUCCGCGGCCUCUUCGCCUACGCAGUCAGCCAGCGAGGAGCACGUCGGUUCCUCUACAACUAUUCAGUGCGGGCCAAGGCCCGGACCGCCGACGUGGCCGUGAGCGAGUUCUGCAGCGAUGGCGUGUCCGGCGCGCGGUGUUUCGCUCCGUUCCCCCAGUUCGUCGACAACUACCUGGCCGCAGGGGACACGGCCAAGGACUCGGACCGCCGCCCGUUCCAUUCUGAGUUCCGCAAGGAGGGGACGAGCAACAACAUCGUGUUCCCCGCCAAGACGAACUUGGAAACGUACAUCAACAACAGCAGAUUAUACCAGAGCCGUUGGCCGGACCAGACACUGACGGAGUCGAUCAAUCCCGACACAUAUAUCUUUCCUCGCGGACACGGAGUGUACUUGUCGAAAGAGCACUUCAAGACUCCACAGAACUAUUAG